AGGUUUAUAAACACCAGGUUUCUCUCUCUCUCUGUCUGAGAUUCCACGUCUUGCUGCUGCCUCAGCUGAUCAUCACAACUGGGGUUCAAAGGUCGACGAUGUGUUUCAUCGUCAACGAAACGAGGUUGUGUGAAGAGUGACAGCUGCCCUGAUGGUUGGCUUCAGUUCAGCUAUAAGUGCUUCAUCUACUACAGCGACCACAGAGUGUGGGACGAAGCCGAGAGCUUCUGCAUGGACAUCGGUGGAAAUCUGGCCAAAGUUGAAGACAUUGCAGAAGUAACUUUCCUCAACUCUCACCUGAAAGAGGCCACAAAAGAAGUGAAGAGAGUUUGGAUCGGAGGCCACGACAAGUUCCUUGAGGGACAGUGGAUGUGGACGGAUGGUUCCGCAGGUCCUGCGAUGGGGUGGAAGCUGUGGAGUCCAGGUCAGCCCAGCGACAGCAGCAGAGCAGAACACUGCAUGGAGAUGAACUACUUAGGGGGCAUGAACGAUGACAAGUGCCAUGAAAAGAAACCCUUCAUUUGCUCCCGGCCUACAAGACCUUUUUAACGUCCUCAGAGAAGUCACGUCCUCUGGUGUCAACGUCUCCAGGAUCUUUUCAACAAUUGUGAAGACUAUUUGGCAGCCAGCUUCUGUGUGGGUGUAUGGAAUGGUGCAUUAUUUGGCAGUUUCUGUGUGGGUGUCUGAAAUGGCUCAUUAUUUGAGUUCCAACAUUACAUUAAACACAAGAUUCAACAUUAUGACUUAAAAAACAUGUAUAAAGCUUUUAAUUCACACAAAUUAAUCUGAAAUUUCAAUUUUGAUGAAGCUAUUGCUAAAACAGAUUUUAACCAACUUAACGGAUAAAAUGUAAUCGAACGAAAGAUUUCCAAAGCCGAAGUGACCAAAUCAGACAUUUGAACCUAGGGAUGGAGGCAGAAGUGGAUCAACAACUCCUGUGUGUGUGUGAUGUUAAAAUCACUGAUUUUCUCUAUGGACUUUGGUGUGGGAGAGUGAGUGGUUUACAAACUUCAGUUUCCUGUUGGGAAAAGUCUGUGUAACAGUGAGAUAAAGACGUGAACACCGUGUCCGAACUUCAUAAAACUCUCACUUUGUGUUAACACAAAUGUUUGCAUGCUGCUAAAGUUUGAAAAUAACAAUAUAAACAAGCUCUUAACCAGCCACAGCACAACUUUAACUCCAAAAACAUUAGAAUAUUUAAGUUAUUUUCCACACUGAACAGAACAGAGACAAACAAAAUAAUCAAUGGGUU